AUGUCCGAGUUUGUUGUCCACCGUUGGGAUGAAUCCGUUGAUGGCCAACUCACCCUAGAAAAUAUGCUAAAGAAGCUCAAAUCGGAGGGUUGCAGUUACAUAAAUUACAAGUUCAGUCCUGGCACCAAUUUUCCGGAACAUACCCACAACGAAGAUAAACUGGACUGUAUUGUUAGCGGCCAGCUUUCGUUCACUAUGUAUGGAAAGGAAAUUAUAUUAGGUCCUGGUGAUCGUCUUGAAGUUCCUCGCAAUAUACCACAUUCUGCUCGUGUUGUGGGCAAAGAUCCUCUCGUAUUUGUGGAUGCUACACGAAAAUCAUAA